AUGGCAGAGGAGGGCUCGGGCUGCCCGGUGCCUCGCCUGGCCUGGGCGUCCCCCUUGCGGGGCAUAAUUUUGUUAGGUGCCCUAGUUUUGUUCGUCAUCGCAGCAAUCUACUGCAUACAGAAUUCUCGGGAAUCACAGGAGUGGGAUAUAGCUGAGCUCCAGUUGAAUUAUACAGGACUGCGGCAGGACCCCAGGCUGCACUGGCAGGGAGGCCCAGCGCUGGGCCGCUCCUUCCUGCAUGGACCCACACUAAACAACGGGCAGCUGUGUGUCCAGCGUGACGGUAUCUACAGGCUGCACAUCCAGGUGACACUGGCCAAUUGCUCCUCCACGCAGAUGACCACGCCCAGAGAGGCCACCUUGGCUGUGGGCAUCUGUGCCCCGGCCACUCGCCAAGUUAGCCUGCUUCGCCUGUAUUUCUAUCACAGCUGCACCGUGGGCUCCCAUAGACUGACGCCCCUGGCCCGGGGUGACGUGCUCUGCACCAACCUCACUGUGACGCUGCGGGCCUCCCCCAAUGCCGAUGAGACCUUCUUUGGGGUCCAGUGGAUGCACUCUUGA